CGUUACCAACUUUGACUCGGCCGCCUUCUCGCUAAACUUAAGUUUUUGGUACGAAUCACCACCACGCUCUUCUUCUUGUCAGGCAGCGAGCAGGAGAUAACAGCACCCUACAACACUUUCAGCACCAAGAGAUGUCGACUCAAAUCAUAAGCGGGAAAGAGGUUUCAGCGCAGGUGAGGGAACGCUUGAAGAAGGAUGUGGAGCAGAUGAAACUUCAGGACCCCAACUUCAGACCUGGUUUAGUGGUUUUACAAGUUGGAGACCGCGAUGAUUCGAAUCUGUACAUUAGCAUGAAGUUGAAGGCAGCAGCAGAGAUUGGAAUAAAUGCCACACAUAUGAGACUUCCCAAGACUGCAACAGAGGAGGAGGUUCUUCACAGCAUCACAGAGGUGAAUGAGAACUCGUCUUUCCACGGCCUCAUCGUGCAGCUGCCCUUAGACUCCAUCCACAAGAUCGACACAGAGAAAGUCACCAAUGCUGUGGCCCCAGAGAAGGAUGUAGAUGGGCUGACUAGCAUAAAUGCGGGGAAGCUGUCUCGUGGGGACCUGGGCGACUGCUUCAUCCCCUGCACACCAAAUGGCUGCAUGGAGCUGAUCAGACAGACUGGUGUGUCCGUGGCGGGGAAGAGAGCGGUAGUGAUCGGCCGCAGCAAGAUUGUGGGCGCACCGAUGCACGACCUGCUGCUGUGGAACCAUGCCACCGUCACCACCUGCCACUCUAAAACCGCUGAUCUACCUGGAGAGGUUGGCAAAGCAGACAUCCUGGUUGUUGGUAUUGGGAAAGCAGAGAUGGUAAAAGGAGACUGGAUCAAGAAGGGAGCAGUGGUCAUUGAUUGUGGAAUCAACCACAUUCCAGACGAGACUAAAGCAAGUGGGAAGCGGGUGGUGGGGGACGUCCACUACGCCUCAGCUAAGGAGCAGGCCGGCUUCAUCACCCCUGUGCCUGGUGGUGUGGGACCCAUGACUGUGGCCAUGCUGAUGGCGAACACAGUGCUAAGCGCAAAGCGUUUCCUGGACAGCCAUAAAUCAGGGAAGUGGAACAUUUCUUACACCAAGCUCAACCUCCAGAGGCCCGUGCCAAGCGACAUUGUGAUUUCACGCUCCUGUGUGCCCAAGCCCAUCGACCGCCUAGCAAGAGAGGUGGGCCUGCUGUCCGAUGAGGUGGAGCUCUAUGGCAAGACUAAGGCCAAGGUCCAGCUGAAUAUCAUAAAACGUCUGCAGGCACAGCCGGACGGCAAAUAUGUGGUGGUCACUGGAAUUACCCCCACCCCUCUUGGUGAAGGAAAGAGCACCACCACCAUCGGCUUGGUGCAGGCCUUGGGUGCCCACAUGAAGCUCAAUGUGUUUGCGUGUGUCCGACAGCCCUCUCAGGGACCCACCUUUGGUAUUAAAGGUGGUGCUGCAGGAGGUGGAUACUCUCAAGUCAUCCCUAUGGAAGAGUUUAACCUCCAUCUCACCGGUGACAUUCACGCCAUCACAGCAGCCAACAACUUGGUGGCUGCAGCCAUUGACGCUCGCAUGUUCCACGAGGCUACACAAUCUGACAAGGCGCUGUAUAACCGCCUGGUCCCUCUCAGUGGAGGACAGAGAACUUUCUCCCCCAUCCAGAUCAACAGACUUAAAAAACUAGGCAUUGAAAAGACUGAUCCCUCCACACUGACUGAGGAAGAGAUCACCCGCUUUGCCCGCCUGGACAUCGAGCCGAGCUCUGUCACCUGGCAGAGAGUGUUGGAUACUAAUGAUCGCUUCCUGAGGAAGAUCACUAUUGGCCAGUCACCAACUGAAAAGGGAUACACAAGAGAGGCCCAGUUUGAUAUCACGGUGGCCAGUGAAAUCAUGGCGGUGCUCGCCCUCACCAGCAGCCUGGAGGACAUGCGUCAGCGUCUGGCCAAGAUGGUCGUGGCCACCAGCCGCAGCGGAGAGCCCAUCACCACUGAGGACCUGGGUGUGAGUGGUGCUCUAACUGUGCUAAUGAAAGAUGCCAUCAAGCCAAACCUGAUGCAGACCUUGGAGGGAAACCCUGUGUUUGUCCACGCUGGCCCGUUUGCCAACAUCGCCCAUGGCAACUCCUCCAUCCUGGCUGAUAAAAUAGCUUUGAAGCUGGUUGGACCCGAGGGCUUUGUAGUGACUGAGGCUGGCUUCGGUGCUGACAUCGGCAUGGAGAAGUUCUUCAACAUCAAGUGCCGCUACUCAGGCCUGAGACCUCACGUGGUGGUGCUGGUGGCCACUGUCCGAGCCCUGAAGAUGCACGGAGGAGGACCAACGGUCACUGCCGGGAUGCCGCUGCCUAAAGAAUACAUCGAGGAGAACCUUGAGCUACUGGAGAAGGGCUGCAGCAACAUGAGGAAGCAGAUAGAGAAUGCACAGCACUUUGGCGUGCCCGUGGUGGUGGCUGUAAACAGUUUCAAGACAGACACUGAGGCUGAGCUGGACUUGGUCUGCAGCAUGGCCAAAGCCGCCGGAGCCUUUGACGCUGUGCGCUGCUUCCACUGGGCUGAGGGUGGAGCCGGUGCGGUGGCUCUGGGUCAGGCUGUCCAGAGGGCCUCUGAGGCCCCCAGCAACUUUAAGUUCCUCUAUGAUUUGGAGCUCCCCAUCGCUGACAAGAUUCGAAUAAUUGGCCAGAAGAUCUACGGAGCGGACGACAUUGAGCUUCUCCCAGAGGCUCAACACAAGGUGGAGCUCUACACCAAACAGGGUUUCGGCAAUCUGCCAAUCUGCAUGGCGAAGACUCACCUGUCGCUCUCUCACGAAGCAGACAAGAAGGGUGUGCCCACAGGUUUCAUCCUGCCAAUCAGAGACAUUCGAGCCAGUGUGGGCUCCGGCUUCCUGUUCCCACUGGUCGGCACGAUGCCCACGAUUCCCGGCCUGCCCACCAGGCCUUGUUUCUACGACAUCGACCUGGACCCUGAGACUGAGCAGGUUAACGGGCUCUUCUGAAGCAGUGCUCUGCACUGUGUGAUGAUGUGGCCCUGCAACCCCCCCACUGAGCCUUAAUGAAAUGUGAUGGACUAAUAACUGGAAGCUCCUUGAGCUGUUUUUGUUUAUUGUUUUCCACUCAUAGACUGACUUCUGUAAAUAAUUCAUUUGCUUUUUCCAGAAGGCUGCCGUUGGGUAAAUCAAGAAACCUAAGUGAUCAGAGAACAGUAUGUCCCCCCCUGAGAAUAUGUCCUAUUGACAAUCCUUAAAGUUACAUUACUGCACAUGAACAAGCCUCGCUUGUUUCUCCACAUUCCAGAACCCCCAACGGCAAUAAUAAGUCAACUGUUAAGUGACAUAUCUCAAGUCUUAUGUAUAGUUUGUGUGCACUACACCGGGAGCGUCUCCUCCAGGCAACAAUCCUCUGAAUUUCGUGUCUUUGGUUGAAUUAAUUAUUAAAAAAGAGAUCAUAAAAAUAAUGCUUCCUUACAAAAUGUUUUAUAAUUUUCAUAAUUUUGAGCAAUCUCACCUGUUCCUGUUUGGCCUGUCCUGUCUGAAUGUUUCUAAAAUUGUCUAACUUUGCUGCAGCUUCUGCCACUACUUUGUCCUGAUGCCUUAAAUCCACUGUUUCGUCAGGAAAUAAUAAAGUGUCUUGAUGGAAAGCCACA